UCCUUUCUUUGCACUUUUAUGAGGCAUAUGCGUUACUGAAUGAAAAGUGUACAGACAAAUUUUUUAAAAUGUCAAAAAGUAUAUGGACGCUGUGGUUACAGUUGGUAUUGUUCCAGCUAUCUUGUCAAUUGUCUUGGCAACAAUUGGAUAAUCCUAUUGAAACUUUGCCGGGACCUCUGUUAAUAACUUCACUGCCAUCAAUUCCAGUUGCAUGCAAUAGCUGGAAAGAUGGUGUUUGCAAGUGUUCUGAGUUUGAAAAGCUUGUUGAUUGUGGCAAUCUGAAUCUUCAGUAUUUUCCAAUUGGAAUACCCAAUGACACACAGGCGUUAGAUGUAAAAUAUAAUUUGAUCAGUUCUGUACCGGACCUACUUCACCUUACUAAACUUCAGCAAAUCGACCUACGAUCAAACAACCUUAAUAAAGUUCCUCGGCUACCGAAGACAAUAAACGCAAUAAAUCUUUCCAACAAUAAAAUACAAAACUUCAGCACAGAAUUUAUGGGUAUGUCAAGCCUGUUUGAAUUGAAGAUGGAUUAUAAUUCAAUAGAGUAUUUGCCUGUAGGUGGAUUCAGAGGAUGCGGAUCGCUCUUUAGUCUGUACAUACGUGAUAAUCGCAUAAAAAUCCUGAAUGGAAGCAACUUAGAAGGUCUUGAUUCAAUAUCCGAAUUGUGAGUAGGCCUGCUCUGCAAUUGAAAUGUUUUGGGAAAUGUUUCAUUUUCAAUGAAAUCCGUAUUAACAAACACAAUGACAAACACAUUAUUAAACCAUCCUCCCAAUUUGGAGAUGAUUUAUGCCUUAGUUGAAGUAUUUUAUAUUUAGAAAAAUAUUGGUCACAAGAUUUUCUUGUCCAUACAAUUGCACGAAUAGCUGUCUUUUGCACGCGGAAUAAUUUAUCUGUAAGACUAGGGUAUUGGCUACACUCUAAUUUAAUUACAAUAUGUUCAAUUAGGUUGGAUUACUGAUUUGUGUACC